ACUUGGUCCAAAAGUUGAACGAAACGAAUGGGGAGAUUUAAUUAAACAUUAUUGGAUUAUUUUGCUGGUUGUUUUGAUUGUGGGUUUGCUGGUCAUAUCGAUGCCAAUUAUUGGAUUAUGCUUUUGCUGCUGCCGUUGUGCUGGUGCUUGCGGUGGACGUUCGGAGCCGUUUGAUAAAAAACAUGAUACUUGUCGACGUGUAUUUCUCGGUUUCCUGCUCAUACUGUUAGCCACAGGCAUUGUUUUUGGAGUUAUUAUUGCAUUCGCUACCAAUAGCUACAUGCAAAUGGGCGUUGACAGCGGCACUGAUGCGGUACGAGCUGGUAGUGCUGAUACACAAAAAUUCCUUGGUGUCACCUCAGAACAAAUUGAUCAUAUCUUGGUUACUAACUAUAAACAACUCUCGGAUCAACUCGAAAACAUUUUAAGGGAAACGUCUUCAUUUAUUAUAACACAGUUAGAACGAAAGUCUAUGGCGGUCUCGUUGCAAUAUCUGACAGAUUUUCUAGCGAAGUUACCAGAACUACGAGAUAAGCUGCAGCAUAUGAAGACAAUAACAAAUGAACUGCGUGUUUAUGCCUCUCAACUGAGUGACGGUUUACGCGGUGUUAAACGUGACUUGCUUCUUAUGCUCACUAAAUGUAAUCAAGAAGCCUGCCAGGAAGUUUUAACCAAAUACGAAAUUGGCAAAUUGGAUGCAAAUGGCAUACAUUAUGAUCAGUUACCUGAUGUUACCGAAAUAAUUGAAAAUUUGGAACAAUUAAUAAAUGACAACAUUGCCGCUGCAGGCAAUCGCGGACGAACUGCUCUGGACAACAUGCGUAAGCAUUUGAAUGAAACAAUCGCUAAACACACACCACAAAUUAUACAGGCAAUUAACAAAGCUGGUCAAAGCUUCCAGAAGGCUUCUAAUGAUAUUAAAACUGAAUUGAAAAAGAUUUCUAAUUUAAUUGGUACUAAAACUGACAAAUACACUGGAGUUGCAGAUGACUAUCUUAAUGAAUAUGGACCAUAUCGGUUCUAUAUUGGCAUAGGAGUUUGCACAGUUUUGUUGUUGAUACUUAUUUGUUUAGUAAUGGCGUUACUAUGUGGUAUUUGUGGUAAACGGCCUGACGGUUAUGGUGAUGAUUGUUGCAAUAAAGGCUCCGGAUCACGCUUCCUCAUGAUCGCUGUGGCAUUAAUUUUCUUGACAUUAUCUGCUAUUGCUUUGGUUUGUCUAGUACAUUUUAUUUUAGGUUUAGUUGCAUAUCGAGGAGUGUGUGUACCAUUGAAGGAUCCACAAAACGAUGAAAUUUUUGCACUAUUGGAUAAUUCAAUUGAUUUGAAUAAUGUACUAUAUCCUUCACAAGGCAAUGGCAAGGCUGCUUCAGGAACUUUACCACCAUUCCGUAUAUCGCAUGCUAUAACAUCCUGUAAGGCGAAUAAUACCGUUUUUGAGGUUUUGCGUAUACAAAAUCGUAUAGAUAUUCAAGAAAUAAAUGAAUAUCCUGCACAAUAUAAAAUUAAUCAAACUCUUGAUAAUCUCGUAAAUGGCAUUGAUUUUGAUAAUGAGAAUAUAGAAAUACUUAGUGAUGCGGAUAAAGAACGUAUUCUUCAAAUGGGCAACUCGGCGAUCAAAUACUUCGAUUCAGGCCAAUUUAUUGAUAACCUAAACGAUACCAUAACUAAACAUUCCCUUACCGAGAUUUCUGAAAAAUUGCGACAAACUGCAUCACGUAUCACUAGUAGUGAAAUGAAAGAUGUACAAGUGAGUCUGCGCAAUCAAGCAUUACAUCUUGAGACAUAUGAGCAAAAUCUUGUUAUACCCAUGAAAAACCAGUCAUCCCAGUUAAUUAAUUUAGCACGUGAUUUAGAUAAAAUAUUACGUUAUAAGGAGCAUUCAUUCCAAGAAUCAAUACCAUUAUUAGUAAAUGAAAUUGAUCGUGCACAAAUAUUUAUUGCAAAGGAUGGUAGACAGUUUGUUAAGGAAACUGCUGAAAGUUUAGUUAAUUAUUUCUCUAGUGAAAUUGUACGCUUCUUAGGCAUGGUUGUGGAUUCUGUAGAAAAUAAGAUUGGAUUGUGUGAACCAUUAGCACGAGUGUAUGAUGCGGGUGUUGUUGCUGCUUGCAAUCGUAUUGUAGAUCCAUGGAAUGGUUUCUGGGCUGGUGUUAUAGUAUGUGUUGUGCUUUUCUUGCCAACCCUUAUUGUAGCUGUUAAAUUGGCAAGCUUAUAUCAAAAAUCAGACCCCUAUCCUGGACCCUUAGUAGAGUCCGGACCCAAAAAUAAACGACGAAAGAAUAAAGAUCGUCGCAGACGAGAAUACUAUGAAGAAACUGUAGGUUCUGGUGGGCAUGGAGCACCAUCCACGGCGUCUGGUGUACGUGAUACACGUUACAAUGAUAUGGCGCCCAAACACUGGGAUGGUGGUCCACCACGUUAUCAAAAUCCACCGAUGGCACCACCAGCAUCUGAAUACGAACGCCCACCGCCAUAUUAUUAUCCUGGAGCUACGGAGCAGGACUAAGUGUUCUAUAUUGAAAUUCAGUUUUAAGAUGUGUUUGAGGAAAUUCACGCACGCAGCAGUAAAUGUGAAAAGAUAUGAAUUGGUAUUAAAAUUUUAAAAACCCGAAAUCGAGUGCAACCAGCAACAAGAAAACAGCCAACGUUAUUUGAAAUUUAGACUUUAGGAUGUUAAACUUUCUAUUAAAAAAAAUACGAAUAUGUAAAAAAAAAUUUUGUGAAAAUUGUAAGAAACUUCAGGUUUUCCCCACAGAAAGUAAAAAUGGCUUUAAUCAGAAAUGAAAUAAAAAUAAUAAAAAUUAAUCGAAUCCAGAAAAAAUAAAAAAAUAUAUAAACUACAAUGAAAGGGGAAGUAAGUUAAAUGCAUAGAUUGAGACUGUAAAUUAAGUUUAUUAAUGUUUUUU